ACUGUGCCCAGGUCUGGUGACGUCAUCAGUGCGCGCCGGGAGCGGUGGAAGUUCGGAGGAAGUUUGCGGGGAGCUGGUACUGGGCUGGACGUUAGAGCUUGUAUUGAGGUCAAUGUGUAGAGCCGGACUUUCCUGUGUCCUCCAGAGAGAUGAGCGCCCAGUCUUCCUCCUCCUCAUCAUCAAGCUCUAAAUGCAGAGUUCUUUCCACCCUGAAGAAAGUUUUUGGAUUUAGCACUUUCCGAUCCGAUCUGCAGGAAAAUGCAACACGAGCUGUUGUUAAAGGUGACCAAGAUGUGUUUGUGUGUAUGCCAACCGGGGCUGGGAAGUCUCUUUGCUAUCAGCUUCCAGCUGUCCUUGCUGCAGGAAUCACCAUUGUCAUCUCCCCCUUGAUAGCCCUGAUUCAGGAUCAGGUAGACCACCUUAUAUCCCUGAAGAUUAAAGCUUGUUCCCUGAAUUCCAAGCUACCAUCAGCAGAGCGUAAGAAAAUCCAGCAGGACCUGGAGAGCGAGAACCCGAAGAUCAAACUCUUGUACAUAACCCCUGAAAUGGCUGCCGCCUCUUCCUUCCAGCCUACCCUGAACAUGCUGCUAUCUAGAGGGCUCCUUUCCUACCUCAUCAUAGAUGAAGCUCACUGUGUUUCCGAGUGGGGACAUGACUUCCGACCUGAUUACCAGCGUUUGGGAACCCUGCGUUCACGUAUGCCGCAGACCCCUUGUGUUGCCCUGACUGCCACCGCCACUCAAAAAGUGCAAGACAAUAUCAUAGCCUCACUGACACUGCGCCAGCCUAUUGCAAUGUUUAAAACGCCCUGCUUUCGCGUCAACCUGUUCUACGAUAUACAGAUGAAAGAGUUACUGGGAGAUCCAUACGGGAACCUGAAAGACUUCUGCUUGAAAGCUCUCGGAGAAAAGAAACCUUCUGGGGGCUUUCAAGGUUGUGGAAUAGUCUACUGUAGGACCAGGGAUUCCUGUGAAGAAGUAGCCAUUCAGUUGUCAAAGCGGGGUGUCUCUUCUAAGGCCUACCAUGCAGGUCUUAAAGCAGCAGACCGAGUAUCUAUCCAGAAUGAAUGGAUGGAUGAGGCAGUUCCUGUGAUUGUGGCCACCAUCAGUUUUGGAAUGGGGGUGGAUAAAGCCAAUGUCAGGUUUGUCGCUCACUGGAAUGUAGCCAAAUCAAUGGCUGGCUACUAUCAAGAGUCAGGGAGAGCAGGUCGUGAUGGCAAGCAGUCUUUUUGUCGUCUUUACUAUUCCAGGACCGAUCGGGACCAAGUCAGCUUUUUGAUCAAAAAGGAAAUUACUAAAUCUCAGGCUAAAAGAGGAGGUGUUAAAGCGUCAGACAAAGCAUCAAUGGCUGGAUUCGAAGCAAUGGUGAAUUUUUGUGAGGAACUGGGGUGCCGCCAUGCUGCCAUUGCGUCGUAUUUUGGUGACGAGAGGCCUCUGUGUAACAAGUCCUGUGACUGCUGUAAGAAUCCCCGGGCAGUCAAGCAGCAGAUUGAACAUCUGCAAGGUUUGCUGUUGAACGGAAGAAGUAGAACCUGCAUCCAGCAACCUGGUCCCGCUCCUGGACCAUUUGGUUAUGACAAAGAACUUUAUGAAGGGGGCAGGAAAGGGUACGGGUUUGCCAGGUGUGAUGAGGACUCUGAUGAAGGAAAUGAAGAUUCUGUGGACAAUCACAAGCGGGAAUGGAACAGCUUCUACCAAAAGCAGAUGAAUUUGAGGAAGACCAAAGAGCUGGAAGAAUUCAUUUUGCCAAGCCAGGACUGUCCGCUUAAGGAUGGAGCUAAUGACAAAAUACCCAAACUUACUGUUAAGGCUCGGGAACACUGUCUGAAGAUGCUGGAAGAAGCCAUCAGUAAAAAUGUCCAGGCGACCAAUACUGCCGAUAGAAUGGACGUCUCUUCUUCUGCUGUGGACCUAGAAUAUGAAGUUUUCCGAAGCAGUAAAAUGGGCAAUCUUUAUAAAGCGGGGGUAUUGAAAAAGGUCUCCGAGAUAAAUAAGGCUUCAAAGGAUGGUCAGCCAUAUGUGGCACUAGGGUCAUGUAACACUACACAGAAAAGUGAGACUAACGUGGAUGCACAUGAAGAUGGAUUUGUCUCUGCCUCUCAGCUGCACAUGUUUAAACGCAAGAGAGUGGGGGCGCCAUCACUGUUCCAAACUGCAUCAAGUUUACUCCAAACGACGAUGCCAGUUCCGCAAUGCACCCAGUCCGUUCCUAGCUCCAUCAAGCUGAGUGGACAUAACCAUUCUAGCACAUCUCCUGAAAAAACUGAAAGUCCCAGUAAAAAGGUUAACAGCCCAAAUAAGAAGUCUCAGCAGAGCAAGAAGAAGCUGGAGCUGGCCUCCGCCGCUGCCAAAGACUCACAGGACAUUUCUAAGUUUUUCUCAUCCCAGAGUAAAUCAAAAUCCUCAACUAUUGCCCAGAGUUUAACAAAGAGUGACAGUCCCGGUCAUGACGGUUGUGAAAUGCAUGAGGCCUUCACCCCAGACUCUCUAAAUGGGCUCCAGGGCAGUAGUAAAAAACUUGAUGGAAAUAAACAGGAUCAUAGUAGAGAAAGUCACGUCUCGCAAUCAGGAAAAAGUCUUCUUGUUGAGGACAUCUCAAUGAAACAAUCAUCAGACACAAAAAAGGACACACAGACUGGGAAAAACAGUAUUAGGAAAAGAGGCUUGGAAACUAAAGAUCUGCAAACCGCAGAUGCGCUAAAAAUGCCACCACUACAAAGCCAAGAGCGUUUAAAAGACCCUCAGGAGGAAUCACAGGUGACCCAUGAGGUGGCCCAAGAAUUUUCCCUAAAGCAUAGUAGCGGCUCCAGAUCUCCAGAGGCCGAGGAGAACGACUUUGAGCAGCAGGAAUCUCUGGAACCAGCACAUAAGAGGCAAAGAAGAGAAGAAAAGUCAUACUCCGUCAUGUUCAAUCCCGAAAAAGGGAAUAGCGAGCAGCGGAAAAAGAAGGUGACCUUCGACCCAAACAUCUGCCAAGAAGACAAGGAAGGUACAGCUAAAGUCCUCCAGCCACCUUUGAAUAAAGUGGUCACCCUAAAAGAGACAGCUGACAUAGUGGUAAAAUACUUGACGCCAUUCUUCCGAGAUGGAAAGUUUGCAUCCAAAGACUUAUUUAAAGGAUUUGCGCGGCAGCUGUCUCACCACUUAGCGGGGGAUAACAAAACACCGCUGCGAAGAACUGUGAAAGAAGAAGCUCAGAGACUGAUCAAGACAUUUUUCAAGAACCGGGAAAGUUGUCAGAGCGAGAUGGACUGGCAGGAGUUACUGCACGCCGCCACCUGAUGCCGGAAGACCUGCCUAUAGUGACAAUCCUGCUGACAUC